CAGCUCGCGGCUCAAAGUCACCGGAUUUUACGCGCCGUCUCUGUCUCUUAUCUUCAUUCAGCCGCAAGAUGUCAGGCCAGAUCAUCCGUCCGCAUCGGUCCAUGCGUUCACCCGAUGCCAAAGAAGCUGCGCUGCAGGCAGUCCUCCGAGGCGGCUUGAAUAAGGUGUUAUGGGAUGAUUGUCGACUUAUCUGGGAUUCACGUUCUAUAAUAGACGAUGCUCCAGUUUCAGAAGAUCAAAUGGCCGUCUUUGGCGUCAAAGGCAAAGUCGAGACGAUAGAACAUCAGCGGCUUGAUUUUCAAAUCCGCUAUACGGCGAUAUUUGAACCGGAGCCUCUCUAUCUUCUGUAUGUAGCUGUGAAUGGAACGAUGGACGGCGACGAAUUCGACAAGGAUGAGCUUGAGGUGGUUCAGAGGGUGUCGCCUGAACGGGUCAAUCAGCGAGUUUACUUCCAUGAAGCCGUCAAGACUCUUACGAGCAAGUUGAGCUCUAUUGGACCUCAGGCCUUGAUCAAAUCCUUCCUCACCUCAAGAUACGGCGUGAAUGCAGGAGGAGCCCUGGCGGCUAACGGGGUGAAUUAGUUAGUUAACA